AUGAAAAUUCCGCUGAUAUUCCUCGCCACCUUGGCUGUCGUGAUUCUGUUCGCGACAGCGAGAGCAGAUGAUGGAGGAGAUAUCGGGGCAGAUUACUUUGAUGGCGAGGAGGGAAACUCCAGCAAAAUAUCUGCGUCGUUGAGGAUCAGCGAUGGACUCUUCAAGAACCGAACGGAGAUGGUUAAGGGAGCUGUCUCAACGGUGGUGCCGAGCACCGAAAAGGAAGCGAUAGCAGCGAGAGUGGACGUCCCAGAGAGGAGCAGCCGUGGAAAUAGUACCCGGGAGCUAGCCCUCCCCACGGAUCUGUCGAUAGCCAGAAUAAUAACCGAGGACGCACCAGAUACCGAAGAGGACAUUGCGGAGACACUACCGGAGGCACAGGAGCUGAGAUUCCAGCGUCCAGGAACUCGCAGAAGGCCCUUCUACCGGCCAAAUCCACCGAGAAGACCCCCCAGUGUCAACCGAAGAAAUGUUUUUCCAGUGGAGGCACCACUUCGCUCAUCAAAGAGACCAAACCGCAGGCCCCAGGAAGUCAAGGAGGCUAGACAGCCCACUGAAAAUGAUUGCACAUUUUUCUCGAAAACAGUCUGUCUGGAGACUGUUAAUUAUCCACACGAAGCAAUAAUGAGAAGCCUCCGAGGAAAUAAGGAAAUGGCAUCGUCAUUACUAACAGAUUACAGCCCCCAGGAUGGGGAUAACGACUAUCUAAAGGCCUCGCCAUUAGAGAGUCACUUUGACAAUAGAUUCGAGAAUAAAUAUGAGAACAACGAGAUUAAAAGACGAUCAGAUCACUCAUCGCCAUUCGACAACGUUGAAGAGGGUUUCACAUGUCCGUCCCAAGUGAUGUAUGCACGUCCUCAAUUAGCCAGGGCUGUUUCCGGUGUUUGGAAAUACAUAGUAAACACCGCUGAGCACACGCAAACAUUGCGCCUCGAGAAAUGCUCAUCACCAAAAUCGAGUUGUUCAUUCAUAUCCGAGAACUAUCGUUCCUCCUGCAUGCAGGUGUACAAUUACCACAGAUUGCUGACAUGGGACAGUAGUUUGGGCCUCCACAUGGACAUAUUCAAGAUCCCCUCGUGCUGCAGCUGUCAUGUCCAGGGUUAUGCCGAGCUUUAUCCGCCGAUUCAAAAGGACCCGCGACCCGCGCCCGAGGAGAAAUUCCCAGGGGCGGACUUUGCCACUGAACAGGGCGAGGAUGAUGCUUUCAAACGUCCCACUAGCUACCUCACCAAAUUCAAACCAUCUAAUCUCGAUAACAAUUUCGUGUCGUCGGGGGGUACUAAACACAUCGCCGACGCUGGCAGCUCACAUCGUCCUAGCUUCACUCUGCCUGGCAGACCCAACAGACCAAAAAAACCCAACUCCUCGGCUAAUGCUAGACCCUAUGACAAGCUUCCGCAACAGCAUGCGCCUAACACGAGGGCUCCGGGGUACAAGGGACCGGUCGUCAAGGGGAUGAAGAGGCCGGGCAGACCUGUCAGACCGUACAGGAGGGACUCCACUGGGGAUGAGGAGGAGACGUCCCCGGCUGCCAUCCAGGAGGGAUUUGAUCAACAAAACGACCAGGAAACUGACGCCUCAACAAGACUCCACAACGGUGGCUUCGACGACGAGUACCAAGAGCCCAACAGACGAGUGAAUUACAACUACCACCCAAUUAUCGACUUCUUCAAGCCGGAAGCCUCGAGGCUCCAAGCCCCAGAGGCCCUCUCCACCCAGCCAGCGACAGCCGAGUCAAAUGCAAAUGGAAACUCCUGGAAGCCCAUGAUCUCCCCGUAA